UCCCGUCCUGCUGUUUGCCUGCAGCAAGAUGGCGGCGGUCUCAAUGUCAGUGGCGCUGAGGCAGGCGUUGUUGGGGAGAAGGGCAGCGGCUACAGCUGCUAUUUCCGUUUCCAGGGUUCCAACCAGGUUGUUGAGCACAUCCACCUGGAGGUUGGCACAGGAUCAGACUCGAGAUACUCAACUUAUAACAGUUGAUGAAAAAUUGGAUAUCACUACAUUAACUGGUGUUCCAGAAGAGCAUAUCAAAACUAGAAAAGUCAGGAUCUUUGUUCCUGCUCGAAAUAACAUGCAGUCUGGAGUAAACAACACAAAGAAAUGGAGGAUGGAGUUUGAUACCAGGGAACGAUGGGAAAAUCCUUUGAUGGGGUGGGCAUCAACGGCUGAUCCUUUGUCCAAUAUGGUUCUAACCUUCAGUAGUAAAGAAGAUGCAGCUGCCUUUGCUGAAAAAAAUGGGUGGAGCUAUGACAUUGAAGAGAGGAAAGUUCCGAAACCCAAGUCCAAGUCUUAUGGUGCAAACUUUUCUUGGAACAAAAGAACAAGAGUAUCCACAAAAUAGAUUGGCACCAACUGUAUCUCUGCUUGACUGUGAAUAAAGUCAGCUGUGCAGUAUUUAUAGCCCAUGUAUACAUCUCUUAAUCGCCUAAUAAAUUUGACCUUUAAAUUACA